GGAGGCAAUUGAAGUGGUUGCUAUGAGACCCGCGAGCACAGGACCAGCAGCCAGUCCGACGCUGAUGGUUCUUACAUCGUACUAAACCUUUCUUUUGACACAGUUUUAGGGUUGCUUAAUAUCUGAGCAAGCACCUGACACGGGUGACUUUUUCCUUCUUCAUUCUCCUCCGGUCCCUCGGGGAAGAUGGAGGUAGAAAACGAAGCCAGCUGCUCCCCCAGCAGCGCAUCAGGCGGGUCCAGAGAGUACAAGGUGGUCAUGCUGGGAGCGGGGGGAGUUGGUAAAAGCGCAAUGACAAUGCAGUUUAUUAGUCAUCAGUUCCCUGAUUAUCAUGACCCCACUAUUGAAGAUGCUUAUAAGACCCAGGUUAGGAUUGACAACGAGCCAGCUUAUUUGGACAUCUUGGACACUGCUGGUCAGGCAGAGUUCACAGCCAUGAGGGAACAGUACAUGCGAGGUGGGGAAGGAUUCAUCAUUUGCUACUCCGUCACUGACCGCCAGUCAUUCCAGGAGGCUGCCAAGUUUAAAGAGCUCAUUUUUCAGGUCCGUCACACCUAUGAAAUCCCCCUGGUGCUGGUGGGUAACAAAAUUGACCUGGAACAGUUCCGCCAGGUCUCUACAGAAGAAGGCUUGAGUCUGGCUCAAGAAUAUAACUGUGCUUUUUUUGAGACCUCUGCAGCCCUCAGAUUCUGCAUUGAUGACGCCUAUCAUGGUUUAGUGAGAGAAAUCCGCAAGAAGGAGUCCACGCCAUCCUUGAUGGAAAAGAAACUGAAGAGAAAAGAUAGCCUGUGGAAGAAGUUAAAAGGCUCACUGAAGAAGAAGAGAGAAAACAUGACAUGAUAGCUUUACUUCUAACUCCAUUCCUUUCUCUCUCUCUCUGCAUUUUAUCAGUUGGACAAUUCCAGAUGUUGCAUUCUGCUUCAAUUUUCCUCUCUCUCUCUCUCUCUCUCUCUCUCUUUCUCUCCCUCUUUCAAUCCUUCCCUCCCUUCCUCCCUGCCUCUCUCUCAAUAUCUGCCUGUAGGUAAAAGCAAGAUCUACAUAGUUGUACUCUUGAGAUAGUUUUGUUUUGCCCUUAACAGUUGGAUGGAUUUUGUCAAUCAGCCGGAUAUGCUGUUUAGUUUUUACAAUAUAUGACUAAAUAAAAUUGACAUUCCAAUUGA